AUGCCUUCACUCAAGCACCUCCUCCAGUUCUAUGAAUUAAGUAAGGAAUCGCCUCGCCGAAGAGAAGCCGCUCCGCUCCGCCGGAAAUUUCACUCCCAAUCCCCCAAAUUGGGAACAAAGAAAACUGGGCUUACGUUAGGUCUGCCUUCGAGCUUGAGAAAUGGAGUUGCUUUCGUCGAGAAUCUAUUGGGCACAAACAGAAAUCCCUACAGCGUUUACGACGAAGUCACGCCGUACCACAACUCCGGGAAGGACGUUUCAUCAUUCUCGACUCAUUAUUCGUUGCGGAAAGUACAAAAACCAAGUCCAACAGCUGGGGUACGUUUAGAUUUUCAGGAAUAUGCGAAACCGUCAAGACUCUUACCUGCAACAGAAGUGAAGGUUAUCCCAGAUGCUUCAGUUGGGAAGGCACUGGAUUCUUUCCCAUCCGGAAGAUUGAAGUCCUUGUACAAAGUAAAACUACAAACAAGUAAAAUUUAUGGAUCCGGUCUCACUGAUGUGAACUCUGGAAUAUUAUUGUGUUUGAUUGACGAGAAUGGAACCUCCAUUUUACAAAGGUUGCCCACUGUUUUGAAUGAAUCUGAUUCAAGGUCAGAAGACAAGGCCAUGGGUGAUACCAUGCACUUACAGAGAGGCUCUGUUGAUCAAUUUGCUUUUGAGGGACCUAACCUUGGAAGAAUUCUAGCUGUUUGGAUUGGCUUGGAAUCAGGUCAAUGGAGAAUAGCUGGUUUAAGUCUGGCUAUUGUUCACGAUUCUCUGCCUUCUUCCAUAGAAGAAUCCGAACAGCUAAGUGGGUUACAGUACAGCUUUGAGUUUGAGGAUGUCUUGCUCGGGGAUUCAGGUGACUUGUCUAUGAUGGAAUUCAGACCCCAAUCAGUUACUGCAUUAUCUGGAGAUGCAUCUACCUGGAUGAACGAUAAGUCCGAAGAAGAUUUAUCUGCCUCUCUCAACACCUCUUUUGCAUCCAACGAAGAAAGCAUGAAGGAAUACACAGACCUGAAGUUGUCACUAUUAUUCUAUGACACCCUACUUAUCUUGGCUGGCUCCUCCAUAAUUGCAUUUUUUUCAACUGAACAAAAUGCUGCCUACACAUUCUUAGCAGGCGGAUUGUUUGGGUUUAUUUACCUAUUAUUGCUGCAAAGGUCGGUCGAUGGACUAGAAGUGCCAGAAGUCAUAACAAGCAAGAGCAAAGGCAGUCGAGAUCAAAUUCUUGGGAAAUUAAGAGGCCCCAUUUCAGGUCUGGUGCUAGCAUUUGCAUGUCUCUUCGUAGCAGUGAAAUACUACUCUUUGUCUGGAGAGGAUGCAGCUGUUAGGCUUACGGGCAGAGAUCUAAUAUCAGGAAUGAUGGGAUUCCUUAUGUGCAAAGUGUCUGUAGUUUUGGCAGCAUUUAAACCUCUGCCUCUUGGUUUAAGAGAAAACAAGCAGAUAUGAUGAUGGUUUCUUUGGAUGUCAUAUACUUGCGCGGUUGCGGCAGCAUUUCGGUGUCAUUGUGCCAGCUGUGUCGAUUGUAUGUGUAUGGUGAUGAAGAGUAACAACCUAUUUUAGGAUUACAUCCAAAGUGGUGUGUGUUACUGCAUCUAAAUAUAGACUAAACUUUCUAACAAUGGAUAUUAUGGUGACUAUCUUCAUCUAACCCUUGGACAAAGCAGCAAAAGCAGCAGCAGUAGUAGUAGUUAGGAGGAGGGUUGAUGUAAUGAUUAUAGCAGCAGGUUUGAAUGGAGUUAGCUUUUUGUUCAUUGCAAAUUUGCCCAAACAAUCAAGAAUGGAAUGAUAAUGACAGUAAAACAAGGCUUGACACUAAGUAGUAUAGUAGGUUGUUUCAGGACUGAUUGUAACUUGUAUGCACUAUGCUCUCCUAUCCUCUCCUAUCCUAUGCCAUGUAAUGUGUUUUUAAAAGGUUCAUUGCCUUAUUAGUAGAGUAGUAGAUGGAUUGGUGGGUGUCAAGAGUUAUUGCAUGCAUACAUUUUAUUUAACUGAUACUCAUAAUAAUAUCCAUUUGAUUCUUACAUUGCAAUUUGCAUGUAGUAAAUAUAUCACCGUACCUGACCUGUACCUAAGCCCCGCCCCAACCCGACUUGACUUAAUUUAAAUGGCAACUUGAAAGAGAUGACUUACAACAAUGCCUACUGCUACACUCGUUUUCUAGCAUUUCACUAAUCUACUUUUUGCUGUCUUUAGUUUUACAUUUCCCAAUUUUGUUAAAUCAAAGUGUACUAGGAGAUUUUAAAAUAUAUUUCUAUUAAU